CCCACGCGCCUCCCACCCCGCGCGUACGGGGGUUCCUCUCUGCCGACCCCGCCGCCAUCCCCCGUGCUCCCACGCCCAGAUCGCCGCCGCACCGCUGCGGCGCUGCGCCACCUCGGGAGGACGGAAGGACGCCGCCGCGCCGCCUCGGGUCGACAACGCCGUCCCGCCGCGGUCGGGUCGACAACGCCGCUCGUCCCUGCACUACCGUCGCUCGAGCCAAGCACUUUGACAACGCCGGCCUUCCCCGCUUGAUCCCCAGCGCUCCGCCUUCGCCGUCCGCCGUCUGCGAGCGCUUCUCUCACCGGCUGCAGGCCGUCCCGCGCUCGCGGGGGUCUUUGUCCCCGGCCGCGCGCCCGACUCGCGAACGCAGGAGCAAGAAGAAGCUCAAAACCAGCGCCGCCACUUCCGGAACCAUCGGCGGCCGAGGAUGACGCUGACGACUUCCUUCCAGCUAGGCUGUGGCGGUGAGAAGAGGCCGGUGGCACUUGGAUUUGAAGAGGAACGAAUCGAGCAGCACUGUUGCUUGGCUGAGAGGAGCAAAGGUGAGUGAGGAAGAGAGGGAGACUGCUCGAUGGUGGAUGUGCAGAGGAAGAUAGGAGAGAUUAGCGACGAGACAAACAGACAGAGAUUGAAGGAACAAAUUGCUACUGGUGUUUGGAUUGGAGGUGCUCGAUUAACUUGCUGCAUCUCGGUGGAAGUGACUGAAGAGAGAGGAAAGGGAUUGGUGCUUGGAUUGAGCUGCAGGCUACUGAUCGAGGGAAGGGCCCUCAGCUCACACACACACAGGCACACUGGUGGUGGAAGAAGAAGAGAUGAAGAGAAGCAAAGGAAGACACGAAGUGUUGCUGCUUAAUCUUGUGAGCUGCAGCUGCUCUCCUCUUUAUAGACACACUUGGUCAAGAGAAGGGAGAUGUUUCCAGAUUUGGCUCCACUGAUGUGGCACUCUUUUGGCACAAUGAUUGUGCUGCUACAGGAAAUGGUGUCAUUCUACCCUGCACUUUCACCCCCUACGUUAUCUGCAAGUGUAUCGAACAGAGCCUGCAACGUUCUUGCACUUCUUCAGUCUGUUGCUUCACACCCUGAGACCAGGAUCCCCUUCUUAAAAGGAACACAACACGCUUCUUUAUUGCUGGGUACAGAAUGUGGCAACUGUGAAAAAAACAGCCUGCAACCUCUAUCAAAUCCAUUUUCAAGAGGGAGGGGCCUCCUUUCAGAAAGCAGGAGAAAUAGAGUAAUAGAUCUCAUCUCCCAUGCAUGCUUGUACCUGCGAUUAGCUUUGUACGGUGAUGGACCUUACUGUUAGCGCGCCCCACCUAGCCAAUCCGACCAUUAAAACCCAGGUGUUAUAGUGGGAGGGGUGGGGGCUUUUAUCCAUAGUCUAUCAUUCCUCCUACGGCG